AAUGCAGAACUUCUGGCAACGGUAAUCUCAGAGCUCCAGCGAGCUUCGCAGGUCAAGCAUAGCAGUGAUUUAGACUCGUUGCGGCGAUGUAAUAAGAAUCUUAUGGCUCAGAUUUUGACGUUGGAGCAGCGGCUUGCAGAACGUGAUGAAAUCGAGAGCUCAGGACACCCGACUGGAGAACUCACGGACACACCUCGACCAGUCAAGAGGAAGCGGGAUGAUUGUGAGGCGCCGACGGAUGUUCCCGUUCCGAAGCGUUCCCCUCGAGACUACAAGCCUUCGCUAGAUUAUGCAAUCAAGCAGGACGGCGAAAACGAAAACCCCGUGCCGGAAUAUUUGUCGAAACAAGAGUUCCUGACAACGGAUUCGCAGGCGUCACUGGAGAGCAGCGGCUUUGACCACCGGGAGCGUGUUGUCAACUAUUCGCCUUUUGCGAGGCCGGAUAUACCCGCUCCUGAGUGUAAGUUGGAGGCCAAGCUUGAGGUCUCUGAGUACAUUCAACCUGUUCAGCCCUAUACUGAGCAGGUGUACUAUCACCCUGAAUCCCAACAGUGCCGUGCCGGACCUUUUUCGUCAGAAUCGUCGUUCAAGCAAGACCACACGAGCUUCAACGAAGGGACAAAGCAUACACUCAGUAAUGCUUUUGUGCCGACGGAUCCCUGGCUCCCGAUUGCAGCAACAUCAGAUCAGGAUUUCCCCGCUUCAAGGGAGUCGCCAGUGAGCGGCGCCUCUGACCAGCAGGAUUGCGAUGUCGACUAUUCCAACUAUCAGUUCGCCGGGCCGCAGGUUCCCACACCCGAGUAUCGGUUAGAUACUACGGUUGAACCAUCGGAAUACAUCCAUCCUGUACGUGUACAGCCAUACACAGAAGAGGCGUACUGUCACCCGUCGGCCUGGAUGUGCCGCUCCGGCCCUUCAUCGGAAGAGCAGUUUUCACCACCUCAAUACCUGAUUCCUGGGACACAACGCGGAUAUUCGUCUUCGCAGUACCACCCUUCCAGUCCUUCAAUGGACCAGCAGCAGUCGCCGGCCUAUGAAGUUCCUGUUCAACCGAAUGUCGUCGGCAGCGUGGAGUUGAUUCCGAUGCAUGGGAAUUCCAGUCUACCGAAUGCAAGCAGCGCGGAGCAAGAUCCUCGUCGAGAAGGAUUAAUUUCAUCUGAAAAUCUGAUCGCGAUGUAUUUGUCACCUAUGGACCUGACUUCAAUAUAG